UUACAUAUUCCCAUAAGAGUUUCCCCGUCUUGACUUUCUCGGAGUUCCCUUUUCAUUAUUAUAUGGAUGCAAUUUUCAAAUCUAGGAGUUCCCCCAUGCUUAAACUUUGUCGUCCACUUUCCCCCCCUUGAAAUUGAAAAUAAAAAAAAUAUAGGAGAGCUCGUUUCAGCUAUUGGCUCUUGACAGCAGCACUCUGUCCAUGGCUAAAGUAAUCCAUACAAUCUCAGACUCUUCCUCCCAGGGUGCUUCAGGUUCUAGCGAAGAAGCCGUUCAUGGAGACGUAGAACGAAAUUUCACCAUCAAUGGCCCAAAUAUAGUGAAGAAGGAUGAAGAGGAGGAAGAAAUAGAACAAACUCCUAACCAUCCUCCUAAAACUUCGCACAACAAGGUUAUGAAGGUGGAGAGCCCUGCAAGCAUGGUGUUCCCCAUGGCGAGAGUGAAGCGGCUCAUCAAGAGCGAGGAGGACAUUCGAUCGACUGUCGAAGCGGCCUUCCUCGUUAACAAAGCUACGGAAAAGUUUUUGGAACAGUUUCUUGAGGACUCACUUGAAUAUGUUCCGGAGGAAAACAAAACUAUCCUAGGGUACAAACAGUUGUCUUUAGUUGUUGCCAACCAGAAAAGAUACGAGUUUCUUGCAGACUUUGUGCCACAGAAGAUUAGAGCAGCAGAAGCUCUGUCACAAAAGGCUUCAGCAGAAAAUUGAGCAGAGUGUUGUUAUUGAAGCAAUAGAGCUUUGUAUUGGUGAUAUUUUUUUUUAUAGGAAUGCAAUCAAGGAAUACAUUUUUAUUUAAAAAGUAAUUUUCUCAGGAAUUGGUAUUAGGAACUAAAUUUUUACCGUACCAUUUGUAUUGUAUUUAUGUAAUCCAUGCAAAUGUUAGCUUUGUAUUCUACUUCUUGAAAUGCCUUUUCAAGUUGUUUAGAAAGCACAGAGUUGUUUCAGUUUGCAAUGGCAGAAACUCAAAUGUGUAUAAUAUAAAAGUUUUCUCCUUGA